UCUCCCUGGGUUUGAGGACAGAUACGUCAGGUUGCUUCUUGCACUCUGGAUCACGAAGCUGAGAGAGAGUGCUGGUGGCUUAUAGGCAGAAAGCAAGAGAGGCAGAGAUCUGCACAUCACAGGCGCAGAGAGCGAAAAACCUCACCCAAAGCACGGCAGCUAAAGAGGACCAUGGCAUUUGCAGGGAUGCUGAGCGACGAGGACAUCAAGGCUGCGGUCCAGGCUUGUCAAACUCCAGGCACAUUCGACUUCAAGUCGUUCUUUGCUCGAGUGGGACUCACCAGCUCAUCUGAGGCAGAUGGGAAAAGGGUGUUUACAGUUCUGGACCAAGACAGGAGUGGAUACAUUGAGGAGGAGGAGCUCAAGCUGUUCCUUCAGAAUUUCUCUCCGGGGGCGAGGGAGCUGACUGUGGCUGAGACCAAAGCUCUGAUGGCUGCCGGAGAUAAGGAUGGCGAUGGCAAGAUUGGGAUGGAAGAGUUCUGUGAAAUCCUGAAAUAAAGAGAAAAAACAUGCAUGACCACGGCUGUCUUUCCUUAUUUUGAAUAAUGGGUUUCUCAUGGAAAUCCUGACUUUCCAGAUUGUUUGAGACCAGACAGAUAAUCUGCACCUGCCUGCUACUCUCCCUGUUGAUGUGAUACAAUAAUUCAUAAGAUGUUUGGUGGACAGACAGUUAAAGCUGGCUAUUAGUUGUGUGUGUUUAAUCGAUCAGGUACCUGGAAUGGAUUAAUAAAUGUAUUUGAGAUGUGAUAUAA